AUGCCACCAAAGCGGCGAGGAUUUUCUUCAUCAGAAGAAGAGGAAGACGAGGAUUUGGCUCCACGACGAGGAAAAGACAAGAAAACCACCGGAGGAGCCAAAGCAAGAGAAAAAAGAGAAGUCUCCGUUCGAAAUUCUCCAAAGAAGCGCCGAAGUGAAGCAUCGGCGCUUACAGCAGAUCCAUUAUUGGAAGGAACCGGAAAGGCCAACGAUUUAUCGGACGAUGAAGAAGAAAUGGAUUGGGCGAAUCUCAAUGAAGAGGAGCUUCUUAAUUUGCAAGUUCCACCCUUAGCCGAACCAUGCAUGUCGGCCGACGGAUCUGGUUCACGAUUGAUGAUCAAGGAAAUUGUUACCGAAAACUUCAAAUCUUAUUACGGACGACAUACAAUUGGACCUUUUCAUACGAAUUACACUGCUAUCAUCGGGCCAAAUGGAAGUGGCAAAAGCAAUGUCAUCGAUUCGUUGCUUUUUGUUUUUGGGUUUAAAGCCUCCAAGAUUCGUUCUAAAAAGCUCUCGGUGCUUAUUCACAAUUCGGCUGGACACGACAAUCUUCAAAGCUGCACAGUUGAAGUUCAUUUCCAAAAGAUCGUUGAAGAGUCAAAGGACAAGUACGCGUUAGUCCCACAAAGCCAAUUUGCCAUUUCACGAACAGCUUUUCGGGAUAACUCUAGCAAGUACUUCAUCACUUCACACGAUGGUCAUCGAAAGACUGUAACCUUUAAAGAAGUCGCUGACAAGUUAAAAGAAGUCGGGAUCGAUCUAAAGCACAAUCGAUUUUUGAUCUUACAAGGCGAAGUUGAACAAAUUGCGAUGAUGAAGCCGAAAGCUGAUGAGAAAGGCAACGAAGGAAUGUUAGAAUAUCUUGAAGAUAUCAUUGGCACAUCGCGCUUCAAAGGCCCUCUUCAAUUACUUGAGAAAAAAAUCGAGCAAAUCAAUGAGAAACUGACUUCACAAUCUCGACAAUUGAGUCUGGCCACGAAAGAAAAGGAAAGAUUGGAAGGACCCGUGAAGGAGAUGAUCGAAAUCAUGAAACUUGAGAACAAGAUUGCUCUCUACACCGAUCAACUGGCUCUUAAACAUCGUCUUGCGUGCACUCGAGAACUGAAGAAACUCGAAGAAGAAGAUUUUGUUGACGUGAAAAAUGCGCGCGACGACGUUGAAGCAGAACGCAAGCGGGUUACCGAACAACAAAAAGAAAAGAAGGAGCAAACGAAGGACUUGGAAAAAGAGCAUACCAAGCUGCAAGCGACUUCUGAUCAAUUGGCCACGGACAUCAAUAACCUGGAUCAGCGUGACUUGAAACGCAAGAACGACAUCAAGCGACUUCGAUCGGAUGUACAAAAGACGAAAGAGUUGUUGGACAAGGAGAACAAACGAAUCGAAGAGAUUGAGGGCAUUCCAGAAAAGUCGGGAAAGAAGAUUGAGCAACAGCGCGAAAUUAUCAAAGAAAUGCAUGAGCAGGAGAAAAGUGCCCAAGAAAGACUCGACGAGAAUCAGAAAGAAUACGCGGAGCGGACGGUCGAUGAUAGGGAGGAAAAAGGAAAGCUCGAAGAAGCUUUUGGAGAAGCAAAUCAAAAAGCGUUGGACUUGCGCGGAGAGGUUGAACAACUCCAGGUCGAGCUGAAAGGAAUGACAGAACGUGCGGCAAAAAGUACAAAGCAGUUUGAAAGUGCUCGCGCUCAAUAUGAUGAAUUGGAGAGAAAGUUGGAUGAAAAGAAAGGUGAAUUGACCGCUGCCGACGUAGAGUUUCCUGAUAUUGAAAGAGAUUUGAAGGAGAAACGGGAACGAGCUGCUGAGCUCAGAAAGCAAGAGGAAAACAUGGCUCGCCAGCUGAGUGACCUUCGUGGGAAAAUCAUGGACGAACAACGUAAAGUGAAUGAGGUGGCUGGUGGAUCAAAGCUGCAACAAAGUUUGAUGGCGGCAAAACGUAGUGGCAAAAUUCCAGGAAUCAUUGGACGUCUGGGUGAUCUCGGAGGAAUAGACGAGAAAUAUGAUAUUGCUGCCUCGACUUCUUCUGGUGCGUUCGAUUCGAUUCUAGUCGAAGAUGUUGAAUCGUCACAAAAGUGCUUUGAACUUUGUCGUAGGGAGAACCUCGGAGUAAUCAAUGUUAUCAUCUUGGAAAAAAUUCAAAACCUUCAUGGAAUGAUGAACAAUAUGCGCCAGACUCCUGAAAAUCUGCCCCGCGUGUUUGAUCUUCUCAAAAUCUCAGAUGACCGAAUUCGUGUUGCAUUUUAUUGGGCUGUAAGAGAUACACUUGUUGCGAAUGACAGCGAACAAGCUCAACGAGUUGCAUUUGGACGCCAGCGCCAUCGUGUUGUCUCGCUGCAAGGUGCCCUCUUCGAACCAUCUGGAACGAUGUCAGGAGGUGGUCAGCCAAUGAAGGGAAAGCUUGGCAAAAAUGUGAAAGUUGACACGUCUCGAGACAGCGAAAAAAUGCUUACCGAGUGGAGAGACGAGUUACACAGCUUAGAGCAACGAUAUCAAUUGGUUAAAGAUCAAAUUCGUUUGGAAGAAACAGAGGUUCAAAAUUUGAUCGACCGUGGCAAAAAGCUGCAAGACGUGAUCAGAAAGCUCAAGAGUGAGAUCCGGAAUUAUGAAACUUCUUUGGAGAUGCAAAAAAAGAAUUUGAAAAGCUUUGAGCGUCAAAUGAAUGACCAGAAAGCUUCCAUCGACACGAAGAAAGUUGCAGAAACUGAGGACCGCAUACUCAAAUUCACAGAGGAGCACAAAGAAGCACAAAAGUUUGCCGACGAAGCAAAGGCUAGAGUCGCCAAAGUCGAUGAACGACUGCAAGUUGUUAGACGAGAACUUCUCACACUCUUCGAAGAUGAAAUCUCUGAAGCAAAGAAGAAACGCCAAGCUGCUGAGAAGACGCUCACAAAAGAACAAGCUGCUAUCAACACUGCUGAUCAUAACAUGAAGAAGGCGCUCACACGCAAGAAGGAGAUUGAAGGUGAUCUUGAAGGUCUUUGUGAACAGCUCGAGGGCAAAGAAAAAGAAACGUCGGACACCUCGGAAGAACUUGCUGAGUUGAAAGAGAAUAAGGCAAAGAUGGAGGCCCGCUUGAAAGAGAUUGAUGCCACUUUGAAAGAGAUUCGAGUUGGCAAUCAAGAACUUGAUAAAGAAGAGAAUGAACUAGAGAAGAAGAUGAAAGAAGUUACUGCCGCUAUCACCCAAGUCAAAGAAAGAAUGAGUCACUUCAAGAAGCAGAUCAGGCAACGAGAUGAACAGCGUGGGAAACUUCCGACUCAUGAUAUCACUUCUUUGUCUAUCGAUCGUUCCAAGAUGGAUGUUGGUGAAGAGGAAGCCGAAGCCAAAAGAAGACUUUUGUACGACAUUGACGAUGAUGAAAGGAUUGUUCAAAAGGAAGGAGGUGCUCGUGUGCCCGAAUUGCCUGGAGAGACUGAAGAGGAGUAUCUUCUUCGUGUUGCAGAACUUGAAGGGCUAAAAGAUGAGCGACGACGUCAAGUGCAAAAGGCCUGCGAAAAACAACGAUCAGAAUUGUUCGAUGAACUGGAAGCAAGAGAAGCUGAAAUACGCACCCGCUUCAACGAGGAAAGCAAUUCUCCCCUAAUGACUGGAAAGCUUCCCGAGUACACUGAAGAAGAGAUUGAUGAAUUCAACGAGGAAGAACUCAAUUUCAAACUGAAGACCGUCGAGCAAAAGGCACAUGGAGGCAAAUCAAAGCUAAAUCUUCGAAUGGUUGAUGAAUACAAAGAAAAGGUGAUUCGUUAUGAGGAGGAACUCCAGAGACUGGAUGCGAUUCGUGCGCUACGCAACCGUCACGAAACCAAGUUUGUUGAAUUGACGGCCGAUCGACUCACUGAGUUCACAAAGAGCUUCCAAAAGAUCAAGGAGUACGUGAAGCAGAUGUAUCAAAUGCUGACAAUUGGAGGAAAUGCUCAAAUUGAAGUAAAGGAUGUGAUUAGACCAUUCGAGCAUGGAGUUCAAUAUUUGGUGAGGCCUCCUAAGAAAUCAUGGAAAAGGAUCCAGAAUCUGUCUGGUGGAGAAAAAACGCUGUCAUCACUGGCUCUCGUGUUUGCUCUUCACAAAUUCAGACCUACUCCUCUCUACGUAAUGGAUGAGAUCGAUGCCGCUCUUGACUUCAGAAACGUCUCUAUCAUUGGGCACUAUGUGAAAGAACAAACCAAGAAUGCCCAGUUUAUCAUCAUUUCCCUUCGAUCGAACAUGUUUGAGAAGAGUGAUCGUUUGGUUGGCGUUUGCAAGGUACGUGACUGCUCACGGAACAUUGUUGUUGAGCCAGCCGCUGUGAUGGCAAAGGUUGAACCACUUCAGAAAGCGAUUUGCCAUCUCACAAAUGUGAGGCUCGACUUCGACAACAACCCCAAUCCGGCAGCAAAGGAGCCACGGUCACCUUUGUCGAAAAGACCGAAGCUUCAAACU